AUGCAAAUCAUGACACGCUUCGGUGUCUACGAAGCCCUCAAAGACCGCAUGACGACCGCCGACACGAAACCCUCGUUCCUCACGCUCGUAGGCAUGGCUUCCAUAUCAGGAUUCCUCGGAGGAUUCGCCGGUAACCCAGGAGACAUCUUGAACGUACGGAUGCAGCACGAUGCCGCACUACCGAAAGAAAAGCGGAGAGGAUACAAGAACGCGAUUGAUGGGAUAAUACGAAUGUCGCGGGAAGAAGGAGUAGCAAGUCUAUGGAAAGGCGUCUGGCCCAACUCGUCAAGAGCUGUGCUCAUGACAGUUGGACAAUUGGCAACAUACGACGGAUUCAAGCGCGUGCUGCUGAAUUACACGCCGCUGCAAGAUAACCUCGCAACACACUUCUCAGCAUCAUUUUUGGCUGGAUUUGUAGCUACAACGAUAUGCUCGCCGGUAGAUGUCAUCAAAACCAAAGUCAUGAGCUCCAGUGAGAGUGUAGGACUAGUGAAGACUGUCACGGACACCAUGAGAGCAGAAGGCUUCCGUUGGAUGUUUAAGGGCUGGGUACCGAGCUUCAUUCGCGUUGGCCCGCACACCGUGCUCACGUUCUUGUUUUUGGAGCAACAUAAGAAGGUCUACAGGCAAUUGAAAAAGUUGGAAUAG